CUCGUCCUCUUUCUCUUACCUCUACUUCGUAAAAGCAUCGGAAAUUAGGGUUUCCGAUCCUCACAAUUAUCGGGAUAGCCGUCUGUGCUGAAGGAAUUGAAGCAUGGGAAAGAGGAAAUCAAGAGCGAAGCCUGCGCCUAAGAAGCGAAUGGAUAAGCUUGACACCGUUUUCAGCUGCCCCUUUUGUAACCAUGGAACAAGUGUUGAGUGCCGCAUUGACAUGAAGAACUUGAUUGGUGAAGCCUCUUGCAGGAUAUGCCAGGAAAGUUUCAGCACUGUUAUAACAGCUUUGACUGAACCGAUAGACAUAUACAGUGAAUGGAUCGAUGAAUGUGAGCGGGUUAACAACCUUGAAGAAGAAGAAGAAGAAGAGGAUGUGGAUCAGGAUGAAGGUUAUGUGCCCAGAAAACGGGUUUCAACAGCUGAAUGGGAUGAUUAGUGGUAGUCAUGAACCCUAUAGAACUUUCUAAGUCUGUAAAUUAUGUUAGUUUGCUGUGGGGAAUAGUUGGUGUGCAUGUAUGCAUAUCUAACAUCAUCUUAUGAAUUAUGACAUGAAUUGCCUAAGUGAUCUAUUGCACGCCAUGCAUAUCUAA